UGCUGUUGGUGAGCUCGUCUAGGCAUAGCAACCCUGAAGCCUGACCCAUGAGAGGAGAAACAGGAGAGGGAGGGGGGAGGAAAACUAAAGAGAGGGAACCUGCUUUAACUUCAGCUUCUGUCCUGCUGAGGGGCUUCAGCCCUGUGCUUCUGUGAAGUGGCCUUAAAUCCAGGGGGUUGCAGCGGUGUGUAUGAGUGAGUGUAUGUGAGCCAUGUCGGACCCAAGGAACAUCGAUGAGGAUGCCAUCCUCAAAGGCCUCAGCCCUGAAGAGCUGGAGCAGCUGGAGUAUGAACUGCAGGAGAUGGACCCUGAGAAUGCUAUGCUCCCUGCUGGAAUGCGACAGCGAGACCAGACGAAGAAGAGUCCGACAGGGCCAUUUGACCGUGAUGCCCUGCUGCAGCACCUGGAGAAGCAGGCGCUGGAGCAUCCUGACAGGGAGGACCUGGUGCCCUUCACUGGCCAAAAGAAAGGGAAGGCAUUUGUACCUAAGAAGCCAAAGGAGAUUCCCAUGCAUGAGCAGGUGAUGCUGGAGCCAGAGCUGGAAGAAGCUUUGAAAAAUGCCACAGAUGCAGAGAUGUGUGAUAUUGCAGCCAUCCUUGGAAUGUACACUCUGAUGAGCAACAAGCAGUACUACGAUGCUCUGGGCACCACAGGCACAAUCGCCAACACAGAGGGGAUCAACAGUGUUGUGAAACCAGAUCCGUUCAAGAGCUUCCCCGAAGAACCUCCAAACACCACCAAUGUGGAGGAAACCCUGGAGAGAAUCAUCAGCAAUGACAGCUCCCUGACGGAGGUCAACCUUAACAACAUCAAGGACAUUCCCAUCCCGACUCUAAAGGAGGUCUUUGAGGCAAUGAAGGAGAACUCCCAUGUGGAGGUUCUGAGCAUCGCUGCGACCCGUAGCAAUGAUCCUGUGGCUUAUGCAUGUGCUGAGAUGCUACAGGAAAACACCAGCUUGCAGAGUCUUAACAUUGAAUCCAAUUUCAUCACUUCAGAUGGCAUGAUGGCCAUCAUUAAAGCCAUGGCUAGUAAUGCUACACUGGUAGAGCUCAAGAUUGACAACCAGAGGCAGAAACUGGGCGACACAGUUGAGAUGGAGAUUGCCUCCAUGUUGGAAAACAACUCCAGUAUCCUCAAGUUCGGCUAUCACUUCAACCAGCAGGGUCCCCGUGCCAGAGCGGCCAUGGCUAUCACAAGAAACAACGACAUGAUUCGCCAGCAGAGACUGAGAUAAAGCAAACAGUAGAAACAUUCAUCCCCCUCCCUGGAGUCUAAACGGACUGCUGCAGAAAACGAAGCGCCAGCGUUCUCCAUCAGGGGUGUGACAGAGAGGAAUGAAUCAUCCCAAAUCAAUCUGGGUCACUGUGUUCGGUGGAAACCUUGUCUAACAUCCAUGCUUAACCAUUUCGUUUCAGUUACUGCUGAAUUCAUUAUAAAAUGCUGUGAUCAAAUGUGAAGCGUCUUUUUUUAUUCAGUUUGUUCAUCACCAACAUCUUCACAGACAAUCUUUUGAUCAUGAAAACUUUUUUUUUUUCACUUUUGUGGUGCUAAAUUUUAUGUGGCGAGGGAAACUGUAAAUAUUUUCAAUAAAAA